AUGGUCAAUGCGAGCAAUCUUAGACAAUAUGUGUAUCCCACUGAUUUUCGUGAUCCACCACAAACUUCUGAACGUCCGGUUCCAAAUAAUGCAUCUGAUGCCCAAAAUAAUCCACCUGCAUAUAAUGAUCAAGAUGAUCAAAUUGCAAACAAUGAGAGUACAGAUUCAGAAACUAACAGUGAUAGUGAAGAUGAACCGAACAAUGUUAUUGAUAAUACGUUUCAUGAGGUUGAGAAACUACUAAAUAACUGGAAAACAAGGGGAAUACAAUAUUUUCUUGUGAAAUGGGAAGAUGGUUCCAAACCGACAUGGGAACCAAAACUCAGUAUAGGAGAGGGCUUGAUACAAGACUAUUUUACAAGGAAAACUAAGAAAGGAAGGAGGAGAAAACAGAGGAAAUAG